UCUACCCCGUGGCUUCAACCGAAACACGAUACACGUAGUGGAUAGGAAGCAUUUUGGAUAAAUCCCAGGUGCUUAGAGGGAACAGACUCCUCGCUACCAUCAAAACGGUUGUUACUUGGUGAAGACAGCAGAAAUGGCAAUUGUAACGCCGCCAGUAUUGAUCCUCAUCUUUCAGACUCUAGUCUCCAUGGUUGCAGCUCAAAAUCCAGAAAAUCCACGUGCACCAGAUCGACAUCUGAAAUCUGAGCAUACACAUGACGUGAUGCUUCCACGGCAACUGUCUGAGGUGAAGACGUCCCGAGCGAUCACAGAACCACGCCCAACAGCACAUCUGGUGGCAGCUGAUGUGAGUACACAUCGAGCUCUGGAAUGGCUUCUUAGGCAAAGGCUAGAUGACUGGGGGUGGGGUAGUGACACCCCGAGAGCUGUCCUUGCUCUCCAACUUGGCAACACUUCCAAUUGGUUUGGGCCUGAUAAUCUUGAGAGCCAAUUAUCGUGCAAGCAGAUGGAGCUGGAUGUUAUACUACAGCUUUGGCGGCAUCAUGACUCUCCAAUGAUUCCUGGUCGACUGGCACAAUACUCACUUGCACUAAAUGCAAUCUGUCGAGAUCCAAGGCAGUUUCAUGGCCAUGACCUCAUUGGAUCACUUCAACACCAUGAGGCAGCGCUAGAUUUUGAGUUUGCAUUCUCAUCUUUGGCUGUAUGCAGCUCAGGGACACAUGUCAGGAAACGGCAAAUCAGAAGGCUUCUGGACAUUGCUGUGAUGCCAGGUGAUCACAAUGCUGAUACAUUGUCUAUGGUACUGCUGGCUCUCAACUGUAUUGUGCGUGACCACCGGAACCGGAAUUUGGAUCACUAUGUGAAGAAGCCAAGUACGCGGUUAGCAGAGGCUCAGCAUGCAGAUGGCAGUUUUGGCAAUCUGCAUAGCACAGCACUGGCUGUACAGGCUUUGGAGGUUGCAGAUAGUGAGCUCUCAGGCAAUGGUGGCAACAGUGGCCCAGUGCAUUGGAAUCGCAGCAGUGCUAUCAACUACCUGGUGUCACAUCAAGCACCUGAUGGCUCCUUUGGUGAUGUAUUCACCACUACUGAAGUUAUACUUGGCUUGGGCCCACGGCAUUUGAGCUCUGUCAGAGACCUCAACUGUGGUGGUAGUAACACUGCUGGUACUUUUGCAGCCAGUGUUGCGAAACUUCGGCCAUCAGUAGCAGCAACCCAUCCCCCUUCUGCUCCAGGAACUGCUGUCUCAAAUGUGACAGUGGAGGGCAUAACACCUCGAGAAAAUCCAAAAGAAGAGGAGACAGUGAUUGUGACAUACACAUUAUGGGUUGGAACAAAUGUCACAGAAAACUUCACUAUCAAUGUGAUAGCUGAGAAGAACUCAAGUUUCUAUCAUGUGAUGCAAAUUGCUGCAGAACAGGAUUCCCGUUACCUCUUUGAGGCAACUGAGUGGCCAAAUGGACAUUAUGUACACACCAUAGCAGGCCACAAGGAGGAGCCGUCACAUUACCAUUAUUGGCUGCUGUACCAGGUGCCAAGUCUGCCUGAUCCUGCCAGCCCACCAGGAAACAAUCUCAUCACACCUGUUGGAGUCGAUGGUUUAAUUGUUGAAGAUGGAGAUCAUUACCUUUUCUGGUACAAGAAACUCUGAGUGCCACAAGAUCCAGCAUACACAACUAUAUCUAUUCCAUCUUAACUUAUUGAAGUAUGUAACCUUCAACACUGAACAGCUGUGACAUGGUUUCGGUAAAGACUUGGAAAUUACUUGAUGGUGUAUUAAUUCAGUAACUUUUAUGUAGACUGAGAAUUUAUAUGCAUAUUCUUUAUUCUGUUUUUCAAAAGUUGUCAUUUCAUCCACUUCCUAGCUGGAUGGAAAAUGUUCACAUUCCUGCGUGAUUUUUCAACAUUACUUUUACCAUGUUCAUUUGUCUUGGUUUACUGAAACGUUAUAGAAGGUAUGAUGAAAUUACAGAGAUUGUGGUCUUUAAGCUCGGUUCACUGGUUUGUUUUUUGGCUUAUUUAAUAAUGCUGUGUCAACUUCCAACAUAAUAUACUGUUAAACACACACAAAAAAAGAUUGGGUUUGAGAUUGGACACGCAUGAAAUGAAGUCUUUUUGAGCCAUUUGAAAGCACUGUCUCAACAUUUGCCUAACAGGAGAACCAUAUAAGUACUCAAUUAGGACAGCCAGUCUCCUGGUUAAUACUAUAGCAGGGUAAAUAAAAGAUACAAAGCAAGAGUACUGCCGACUGCCUGUUGUGUUUUUCAGUGAAGUUGAUCUGAAUAUCCCAUGAGGAGGAGAUGAGAGUACCAUGGAAAAUCUCAUUGUGCUGUCCAGUAGGCCCCACAUUCAGCAUUACUAAUAUAAAAAGUGACUUUUUGUCAUGAGAAUAUUUUGAAAUGUUCUUAUACUCAAAUUAAUUUUCUACAAAUAUUGUCACUCUUUACAUCAUUACAUCCUACUUUUGUCACCAACUUUUCCUGUCAUUAUAUUACAAUACACUGUAAAGCAGUUAGCUUCUAAGCUGGCUUUUUUUACACCAAUCUCAGAAGAUGUUCCAUAAAACUGUAUUUAGAGUUGUUUGAUGAUGAUGUAGCACAAAUUUUAAACAUUUUUAAACACUUCUUUCUUUAUACAAAAUCACAGAAUUUUGUAAAUCCAUUAUGGAACAAAGAAAUUUAAGUUAAAUGUUAUUUGAUGAUAGUAUGACACAGUCCUUAUGGAUUUUUAGACGUUCUCUGUUCUAGUUUUCUUUUAAUACAGUAAUCUUUUCUUUUUAGUAGUAUAAACAACACAACAUUUUCAAAAGAGUACUGUGACCACCUCUGUUCCUGCAGAAUAAGUUCAAAGUUAUUUGAUGAUGGUAUAACAACUUUCAAGCUUUAUAUUAUUAUUUCUAUUUCCAUCAUAUUAGUUUUUCAUUGUAUAGAACUGCAAUAUUUUGGAAAAGGGGACUAUGUCCAUCUUGAGGUGGACAGAAUAUGAAGGUAUUCAUACUUUAUCAGUCCCUUGGGAAAAGCUAUUCUCAUAUCCUAGACAGGUCUGUCAAGGGUCCCACCACAGUAGGUAUUUCUUUAUACCCUCUCCACCUCAAUAUAAGCACAAUACUCAUUCCAAAUUGUUGUGAUUUUUAUUUUUAAAAAAUCAAUGUUCAGGAUAAGUAUUCUGGAUAGAUUCUACAAUUUUAUUAACAUGGUUGUUAUGUAGAAACCUUUGUUAUCCUGUAAGCUGAAAAAGACUACUUACACAAUUGAUAUAAUAUUCAUGACCUCUAUGGUCUGUUUGACAUCUGUCUGGGCUUUGAAGUGAACAAUUAAUUAACACAGUGUUGAUGACUGUUCAAAGAUUUGUGACCAUGGCACAAAUCUUAUAUCAAAUAUACCUGAGACACUGACCUAUGCCCAGCAUGACAUUCAUGUAGUCAACACAUUGCUAAACCCUGCUUCAGGUAAGCAGCUUUGAACAUCUUCAGUAAAAUGUUAUCACUAUUUAGUAAACAUCUUCUCUAUAAUACUUUCGCUGUUACAUGUGGAUCUGUUCACCAUGCAGAAAAGUACAUUAAGUCUUAUGGACAGAAUUACUAUGCCAAAUAGACAUAGGCUCUAAUAUGUAUGUUUUUAUUGUGAAAAUUUCCUCAGAAUAAAACAGGUUUAGUAAAAGGUGAAUAAGAUCAUACUUGUACAUGCAUUUAAAAGUUUGAAACUGUUUUAUGUAUAAUGACUAAUUCAGCAGCAAACAUCUAUUUUCUUGUAACAGUGAAGUAUGUAACUACUAUUAAUUAUACAUUUACUCCAAUCACAAAUAUAAUUUCUUAGUUUUACAGUUCUUAUUCCAUUCUGAACCACCUUGAUUCAUCAUUCCACAUUCAACAGACUGAUACAACUCCAUGUAGCUACUGUAGAUUAUGCCAUUUGCGCAGGCCCCGUGAGGUGAUCAAGAAAUGUAUUAAUUUAGAAGUAUACAUGUUUGUACUUUAAAAUUAUAUAUUUUUCUAAGUUCAGUAAUAUUCUGCAAUGAUUAUUGGGUUAGUGCCUUUUCCCAAAGAUAUGAAGUCAACGCAGUUUUUGCUUAACAUUACAUAUGAAUUCUCAGUCUCAUAUUUUUGUGAAAAUACUGUAAUGCAGUUCUUCAAUGUGAUGACUUCAUAACCUCUUUCAUACAUCUAUACAUAGAUCACAUUUUUAACAUUCCACAUUUCAGUUACAUGUGAAACAUUUUCAUUUUCAAUUUGAGGGAAGGUGUCGUAAGUAUACACAUAUUAUAUUUAGUAAUCUAAUUUAUACAAAUUUGUUUGUUUGUAUAAUAUUCAUAUACACAUAUAAUAGUUUAAAUGGUCUUUAUUACUUUGAGCUCCUAACAAAAGAAAUGUAUACAUGCAAGGAAGACACUCUUGCAGUAGAGUCAUGAGCCUUGUUUUAUGUCUUUGAGUGGUGGAACAUUACAAAAACAGGCUUAAAAUUAUUUAUACUAAAAUAAUGUGAAGUUGCCAAUAUUGUUAAUUUAAACAGUAAUGUAAACAGUAUUGAACUUUGAACAUAGCUGCGAAAUCUGAAUACAAGUGGGAAAAUUUCUUGGUUUUGAGGUUCUCACAAUGGAGGCUGGAAGUGUACUACCUUCUAGGAUGUAAUUUUGUG